AUGGAACAAAGGAAUUUUACAAGAAUUACAGAAUUUCUUCUUCUAGGAUUUUCUGAGGACCCCAAUGUACGACCAUUCUUGUUUGGGCUCUUCCUGUCCAUGUACCUGACCACCGUGCUGGGGAACCUGCUCAUCAUCCUGGCCGUCAGCUCAGAUCCCCACUUCCACACGCCCAUGUACUUCUUCCUGUCCAACCUGUCCUUCGUGGACAUCUGUUUCACCUCCACCACUGUCCCCAAGAUGCUGCAGAACAUCCAGAUACACAGCAACUUCAUCUCCUACAAGAGUUGCAUCACCCAGAUGUCUUUUUUCUUGCUCUUUGCAGGAUUGGAGAACUUCCUGUUGACCGUGAUGGCCUAUGACCGCUUUGUGGCCAUCUGCCACCCCCUGCACUACAGGGUCAUCAUGAACCCCCGACUCUGUGGGCUGCUGGUUCUGGUGUGCUGGGUCAUAAGCUCCUUACAUUCCUUGCUCGAAACCUCUCUAGUGUUGCCGUUAUCCUUCUGUCCAAACACGGAGAUACCCCACUUUAUCUGUGACCUCAAACAGUUGGUGGAACUUGCCUGCUCCGACACCUUUGUGAACAACUUGGUGUUGUAUUUAGUAUCUGUGCUGCUGGCCGGCGGUCCCCUGGUGGGGAUCUUUUACUCUUACACUAAGAUAGUCUCCUCCAUACUUAGGAUCUCUUCAGCUCAGGGGAAGUAUAAAGCGUUUUCCACCUGUGCAUCUCACCUCUCUGUGGUCUCUUUAUUUUAUUGUUCAUCCAUCGGCGUGCACCUGAGCUCUGCUGGUGCCCACAGCUCUCACGCCAGCGCCAUCGCCUCAGUGAUGUAUACGGUGGUCGCCCCCAUGCUGAACCCCUUCAUCUACAGCCUCAGGAACAAAGACCUCAAGGGGGCUCUGAAAACUCUGUUUGGGUCAGAAACCAAAAGAGACAUGUAG